AUGGAUUUUCCAGUUAUUAAAUCUAUUCCUGGACAAAUAACGCCUAUGUACGAAAAGGCUAUAGAAAAUUACCAAUCCGGUAACCUUAAUGGAGUGAUAUGUUAUUGUAUACAAAUCUUGGAAAAAAUUCAACGAUUACCUAAGAGUAACAUUGAUCUAGAUCGAUUUCAAUAUGAUAUAUAUCUUCUAGUUAGCAGUAUAUACAUGAAACGAAACGAAUGGAUAAAAGCCAAAGAAGUCAACGAAAAAGCACGACAAAUAGCCGAAAAGAUGCAUAUAGAAAUCUUGACUGCCCGCUGUUUAGAUAGACAAGGCGAUAUUAAACGAAUAAGAGGAAAUUGGAAUGAGGCAUUGGAUGAUUAUACCAAGUCACUGGAUAUAAAAUCAAGCUGCUUAGAACAAGAUGAUCUACGUAUUGCCGAUUCCUAUGAAGAUAUAGGGACUAUUUACAAUGCGCAAGGUAGAUAUGAUAAGGCUCUAUAUAUGCAUGAGAUAUCGCUGAAAAUUCGAUUAUCAGGGCUGGAUGAUAAUCAUUCCGAUGUUGCUGCAUCCUAUAAUGGCAUCGGAAACGUCUAUUAUCAUCAGGGCAAGUAUCAGGAUGCUAUUUCUAUGUAUGAGAAGUCACUUAAAAUCCAGUUAUCAGUCCUUAAUCAUAAUCAUUCUGAUAUUGCGAAAUCAUUUAACGAUAUGGGAAUAGUAUAUGAUGCACAGGGUAAUUACGAAGAGGCUAUAUCUAAAUACGAGAAAUCACUCAAAAUUCGAUUGUCAGUCUUUGAUCACGAUCAUCCCGAUGUUGCCAGAUUAUAUACUAACAUGGGGAAUGUCUAUUAUCAUCAAGGCAAGUAUCAAAAUGCUAUUUCGAUGUACGAAAAAUCGCUUAAAAUUCAGUUAUUAGUCCUUAAUCAUAGUCAUCCUGAUAUUGCGAAAUCGUAUAGCGACAUGGGAAUGGUACAUGACGCACAAGGCAAGUACGAAGAGGCGAUAUCGAAGUAUGAGAAAUCACUCAAAGUUGGAGUGGCUGUCUUUGGUCACAAUCAUCCCGAUAUUGCUAAAUCAUAUAAUAAAAUGGGAAAUGUCUAUUACCAUCAGAGCAAGUAUCAAGAUGCUAUUUCGAUAUAUGAGAAAUCACUCAAAAUUCAAUUAUCUGUGCUUGAUUACAAUCAUCCUGAUACUGCGAAAUCAUAUAACGACCUAGGAGUUGUAUAUGAUGCACAGGGCAAGCAUAAAGAAGCUAGUUCUAUGUAUGAAAAGUCGCUUAGAAUUCGAUUAUCAGUCCUUGGUCAUAAUCAUCCCGACAUUGCAACAUCCUAUAACAACAUGGGGAACGUCUAUUCUCAUCAAAACAAGUAUGAGCUUGCAAUCUCUAUGCUUAAGAAGUCGUUAAAAAUUCGAUUAUCAGUUAUUGAUCAUAAUCAUCCUGAUGUUGCACAAUCCUAUAACGAUAUAGGAUGUGUUUAUGAUGAUCAGGGCAAUUAUGAAAAGGCUACUGCUAUGUAUAAGGUGUCGCUUAAAAUUCGAUUAUCUGUAUUCGGUUAUAAUCAUCCCGAUAUUGCUAUAUCGUAUAACAAUAUGGGAAUUGUUAAUUUUAAUCAGAGCAAGUAUGAAGACGCUCUUCUUAUGUACGAGAAGUCACUUGAAAUUCGAUUGUCAGUCCUCAAUAACAAUCAUCACGAUGUAGCUAAAUCAUACAACAACAUGGGAAAUGUUUAUUGGAAUCAGGGCAAGUAUGAAGAAGCUAUUUGUAUGUUUGAGAAAUCACUGAAAAUUGAAUUAUCAAUUCUUGGUCCUAAUCAUCCACAUGUUGCAAUAUCAUAUAAUAACAUGGGAAAUAGCUAUUUUAAUCAAUGCAAAUAUGAAGAAGCUAUUUCGAUGUAUGAAAAAUCACUUAAAAUUCGAUUAUCAGUCCUUGGCUAUGACCAUCUUGAUGUUGCUAUAUCAUAUAACAACUUGGGAAAUGUUUAUAUGGAUCAAGGAAAGCAUGAAAAAGCUAUGACUAUGUUUGAAAAGUCGCUCAAAGUUCAAUUAUCAAUCCUUGGUUGCAAUCAUCCUAAUAUUGCUAAAUUAUACAAUAACAUGGGAUCCGCGUAUUCUCACCAGAGUAAAUACGAGGAAGCUCUUUCUAUGUAUAACAAUGCACUCAAAAUUGAAUUAUUGGUCGUGGGCCAUAAACAUAUCGAUGUUGCCAAAUCAUAUAAUAAUAUAGCAAACAUUUAUUUUCGUCAGAGUAAGCAUGAAGAAGCUAUUUCUACUUAUGAGAAAUCACUUAAAAUUCAUUUAUCAGUCUUUGGUCAUAUGCAUAUCGACGUUGCUAAAUUAUAUAGUAACAUAGGAGUCGUAUAUGAUGAUCAGGGCAAACACGACGAAGCUCUAUCCAUGUUUGAAAAAUCGCUUAAAAUUCGACUGAUUGCCCUAGAUCACAAUCAUCCAGAUGUUGCCGCAUCAUGCAACAAUAUGGGAAACAUUUACAUGAAGAAGGGCAAGCAGGAAGAAGCUAUUAAUAUGUAUGAAAAUUCACUCAAAAUUCAAUUAUCAGUCCUUGAUUGCAAUCAUCCCGUUAUCGCCAAAUUAUACACCAAUAUAGGAGCAGUCUACCAUGAUCAGGGCAAAUAUGAAAAGGCUGUUUCUAUGUAUAAAGAAUCGCUCAAAAUUCAGUUAUCUGUCCUUGGUUACAAUCAUUCCGAUGUCGCAAAAUCAUAUGACAAUCUAGGAAAUGCCUACUUUAAUCAGAAUAAACAUGGAGAGGCUAUUUCUAUAUAUGAGAACUCGCUCAAAAUUCGAUUAUCUGUCCUUGGCUGUAAUCAUACUGAUAUUGCUAAAUUGUAUAAUAACAUAGGAGCUGUACAUGGUGCUCAAUGUAAGUAUGAAGAGGCGAUUUCUAUGUACAAAAAAUCUCUUAAAAUUCAAUUGUCGGCCUUUAGUCAUAAUCAUCCCGAUAUUGCUACAUCAUAUAAUAACUUGGGAGCUAUGUAUAACGCUCAAAACAAGUAUGAAGAAGCUAUUUCUAUGUAUAAAAAAUCACUUAAAAUUAAACUGUCAGUGUUUGGUCAUAAUCACUCUGAUAUUGCUGUAUCAUAUGGAAAUCUUGGCACUAUCUAUUCUCUUCAAGGCAGACACGAAGAGGCUAUUCCCAUGUAUAAUAAAUCACUUGAAAUUCAAUUGUCAAUUCUUGGUCACAAUCAUCCUGAUAUUGCAAAAUUGUAUAACAAUAUAGGAACCGUCUAUGAUGAGCAAUGCAAGUAUGAAGAAGCUAUUUCUAUGCAUAAGAAAUCACUUAAAAUUCGAUUAUCAGUCCUUGAUCACAAUCAUUUAGAUAUUGCAGCGUCAUAUAACAAUAUGGGAAAUGUCUAUUCUCAUCAAAGUAAGCAUGAAGAAGCUAUUUCUAUGUAUGAAAUGUCACUGGAAAUCCAAUUGUCAGUUCUAGAUCGCAAUCAUUUUGAAGUUAUUAAUUUAUAUAACAACAUAGGAGCUGCAUAUAGAAAUCAAGCUAAAUAUGAAAAGGCAAUCGCUAUGUACGAGAAAUCACUUAAAAUUCAAUUGCUAGCCCUUGGUGACAAUCACCCCAAUAUUGCUACAACAUAUAACAAUAUGGGAAUUGUAUAUUCUCAUCAGCAUAAAUAUGAGGAGGCCAUUUCUAUGCAUGAGAAGUCACUCAAAAUUCGAUUAGCAGUCCUUAAUUCUAAUCAUCCCGAUAUUGCUGCAUCAUAUAACAAUAUGGGAAAUAGCUAUUAUGAUCAGGGUAAAUAUGAAGAGGCUAUAACUAUGUUUCAGCAAUCGCUCAAAAUUCGAUUAUCAGUCCUCGAUCAUAAUCAUCUUGAUAUCGCUGCAAUUUAUAACAACAUGGGAUCUGUGUAUUGUGAUCAAAGCAAGUAUGGAGAGGCCAUAUCUAUGUACAAGAAGUCACUAGAAAUUCAAUCAUCCGUCCUUGAUCAUAAUCAUCCAGAUAUCGCUACAACAUAUAACAAUCUCGAAAAUGUCUAUAAAUAUCAGAAAUUAAGCCAUUUCGUCCAGUAUAAUGUUAACCAAAUUAAAUAA